AGUCUCCCAUUGCAAGUGCUCACGUGAGGACGGAAAACAUUUUGCUCAUCGCUUUCGCCUCGCGCAUUGGCAAGUCGCGUAAAAUUCUCGUGUUAACAGGAAAAACGUCACAAAUUUUUCAAAACCACCCCAAGUCCCAUUACCCGCAGUGGGAAAAACCUCAAAUUCCUUGGGCUAUCCGUAUCAAUCAACGACUAAAGGCUUAGUGUCCCUUUGUGAUUGUGUGUGCUUUUUGUGUGUGCACUGUGUAUUUCGUUGUGCUGCCGGCUUCAAUUAGCAGCUUUUCCUCAUUCUGCCCGCUGCUCUUGUGUGCGUUAGAUUAAUGAGGCAAAAGUGUUUUGUCGUGUCGUGCGUUAAAUAUUUAAUACAAUAUCAAAUAAAUGUUGCAUAAGCCGCCUGUCAUUUAGCAUCUAGUGCCAAAAGCAAAAAAAAAAAGAAAACACAAAAACGUGUGUUUGUUUCGUGUGUUUACCACAAGUAAUUCGGACAGCAAACGGAUUCUUUUUUCACGAUUCACAAGAGCACGUCGAUCAAGAACUCAAACAUAAACAAGAAAUGAGGACGAAUCAAAAUCCCUUAAUAAAGUGCUAAAAUCCAGAGGUCACCCCGCCCACUCUAUAAACGCCCACCCGGGAUUUACCGCUAGAAAAAUCACGUCGGCAUUUCGUAGUGGCGACACGUCCUUCAGCCCACAAAAAAAGAACAGCAAGAACACAAAGAAAAGCCACCAAAAUAACUGUGCUUCCUAACGGAAAAAAUCUCGGAAAACCCCAGAGUGAAUUCAAUUAGGUGCUAAAAUAGGCGAAUGCCUCUAAAAAAGAACUGACAAAUGUCAAGUCACAAAUAAUACAAUAAAGUGCCGAUUGUGUAUUGAUAUUUACGUGAUAGAUAUAGAGAGCAACAAAAGUAACUUCAGGAAAAUAAUAAAAUAAUACACUUUCAAAAUUGAACCGCAAUUACAACAAAUGUCUGCGUCGGCAGUUGAAGUUACUGGAAAUGUUCCACCUGUGGAAUUUCAUAUGAGAGAGCACAUGGUGCAGGCGGGCGUAGCGCCUUUUCCGGGCGCUCCGGCCGGCUAUGCCGCCGCACCGAAUCCUGGAGCAGCGGUUGUUGCCGCAGCGGCCGCCGCCCAACAACAGCAGCAGCAGCAGCAGCAACAACAACAGCAGCAGCAGCAGGCCCAGCAGCAACAGCAACAACAGGUGGCCGGAGGACCACCCAGCGCCGCGGACAGUUUGUCCAUGGCGGUGGCAGCGGCAGCGGCCAAACAGUCUGCUGAUCCAGUGACCCAAAUGAAAUCGGGCAGCGAGGCCGCAGGAUCUGGCAACAGCAAUAACAACAACACAGCUGGUGCGGGAACAGGAGCGCCAGGCGCAGCCGGAGGAUUGACCACAGAAUAUUCAAGUGGCGGCUGUGGGGGCGGUGGUGCAUCAACGGCCAAUUCGGUGGUGGUGGCCACCAGUGUUUCCGACGUUGUCAAUGCCUCGCUGUACAUGCAACAGAAGACAAAUCUGUCAACACAAACACAGACACAGUACGAGUACGAGUACGAGUACAAUGGAACCAGCCUCGCAGAACCAAGAGUCCCAGGUCCCAUUCCGCAUCCACUGACAAAUGGACAUGCCGUGGACCAAGUGCAGCAGCCACCAGUACAACAGCAGCAUCUGCAAUCAUCGCUGCCCCCACAAAAUGUGCUCAGCAUAUCCACAGUAUUGAUCGCCAAUGAGGCAGCAGAAUCACAACAGAGCUCCGCCAUGCAAAAUGCCGGCGGCGGUGGAAAUACUGGCGGCGGCGGCGGCGGAGGAGGCGGCGGCACUCCCAGUUCUCCGCUCAGCAACUCCCCGUCCAGCGCAACAGCCUCGCAGGCGGGCGGAUGCGGACUGACCCUCAAUGGCAGCGCCACCGAGGGCAGCAUGUCCGGUGAUACAUCGCCGGUGGCCAGUGGUGAACCGCUCCUGCAGACGCCGCCCGCCCACCAACAGCAGCAACAGCAACAACAGCCGCUCCUGUGCAGCAGUCCCACGUCGAUGCAAUCGUCGGGCACCUCCGUGACGGGCAGUUCGAUAGCUUCCGGCACAUUGGCGGCCACCAGCAGCAGUGGCGUUGGACUUUUGCCCACCACCGGAUUGGACAGCAUUGCCAAUGGUGGUGCACCAACAGGCUGUGCCGUUGUGCCGGCCAGCACAUCGCAGGUGAUCGCCCACCUGAAUGCAGCUGCCGCUGCGGCCAGCGGCAUCGUGUCGCCCAGCGCCAAUGUGGCCACUAGUCUCAGCAGCGCCCUAGUCCCGGCCCAAUCGGUUGCCGCCGUUGCGGCCGCCUCCCUCGAUGCCAAAAGUCAGCCGAAACGGCUGCACGUCUCCAACAUACCGUUCCGCUUCCGGGAUCCCGAUCUGAGAGCCAUGUUUGGGCAAUUUGGCACCAUUCUGGACGUGGAAAUCAUCUUCAACGAACGCGGCAGCAAGGGAUUCGGUUUUGUAACAUUCGCUAACAGCAACGAUGCAGAACGAGCACGCGAACGUCUACACGGCACCGUGGUUGAGGGACGCAAAAUCGAGGUGAAUAACGCCACUGCACGUGUACAAACCAAAAAAGUGACAGCAGUACCCAACGUUGUACUGACCAAAGAUGGUGCCAUACCGGCCCCAGCUCUAGUUUGCGUACAAUGGCCAGAAGCCGCCGUUGCCGCCGCAAUGCGUGGAGUGGCCAUCCAGCGCGGACACGUGGGCGUGGUCGGCGCCACCCCCUACCAUCAUCCCCAUCAUCCGCAUCAUCAUCCGGCGCUGCUGGCGGCCUCCGCCGCCGCUGCCCAACAACAACAGCAACGCCAACUGGCCGCCGCCGCCGUGGCCACGGCAGCAGUCGCCCAACAGCAGCAGCAGCAGCAGCAGGCUGUUGUACAGCAGCAACAGCAGCAAGUGGCUGCCGCCGCCCAGCAGCAACACCAGCAGCAGCAGCAGCAGCAACAACAGGCCGUGCAGCAACAACAGGCGGUCCAGCAGCAGCAGCAACAUCAACAACAACAGCAGCAGCAGCAACAACAGCAACAUGCCGCCGUAGCAGCCGCCGCAGCUGCCGCUUCGCAUCCGCACAUGCAUGCCGCUCAUGCCCAUGCCCAUGCCCACGCCCUUGGUCCACAAUUGGCGCAACUGCAAGCGGUCGCCGUGCCCACGGCCGCUAGCAAUGCUGCUGCACUGCAGCAAUCCCUCGCCGCUGCCAUCCAGAAUCCGAGCGGUAAUCCGAACGCUGCUGCCGCCGCCGCCGCCUAUGCCGCCCGUCUAUCGGCGGCCACGGGUGCCACACAAUCGCCGCAAACAGCCGCUGCUGCUGCGGCUGCUGCUUCCAUGGCUGCGUCGGCCAAUGCGGCCAACAAUGCGGCCGCUUUGCAUGGAUUCGCGCCUGUAUACUAUGAUCCCUUCUUAGCAGCCGCUGCUUCCGCUGAUCCAAAUCUACGCUUCCAGGCAGCCAAACCGGUCACUGAAGUUCCAGCCGCUCAGCCAGCCGCCAUAUUAAAUCGCCGCACUGUGACUACGCUAAACAGUAACCCACAUACGAUCAACCGCAUUCCGGUUCCACAGAAUGUUUUGGCCACUGCUCCGCUGCUAAAGACUCCGCUGUCUCAGGCCCAGCAGCAGGCGUACGCCACGGCGGCCACCACCUACACGGCGGUAGCCGCCCGGGCCGCCUAUGGCGCCGCUGCUGCAGCAGCCGCCCAGCCGGCACUCGCCGGCUACGCCACCGUGGCUGGAUAUGCGCGCGAAUAUGCAGAUCCUUAUCUAGGACAUGGCAUUGGACCAGUUCCUGGAUACGGGGCUACCAUGUACCGCGGUGGAUUCAAUCGUUUCACGCCAUAUUAAGAACAAUCUACGCCAGUCAGCCAAAUAACGCACUUGAACUACUCUCGAUGAAAAUGCUCAAUAUAUGAACAAAGCAAAGCAAAUAAGUAACUUAGACGUAAAUACUCCUCCCUACGUGCAGUAAGUAGAAGUUACAACUAAACCGAUAGAUGCAGGAUACUCAACACCCAACAGCAGCCACGACAACACCAACAACAGACGCUCAAUGUCCUUGGAGAGUUGAAAAUCAAAGCUAAGCAACAAAGAAACAAAAAGAACAUAAACAAAUCAAUGUCGUCCAGUAAAAGCAAAAAAAAGCUAAACCAAAAAGGAAAAUAUACGCCGCUAAACGCAGUUCUAUGGAGUUUAUAUAAGUAAAGCAAACAAAAAAAGAAAAGAACAAAAAAAAAAAUAUUAAAACAUAAAUUCAAAUUGCAAAAUAGUUUUGCAGAGAAUGAAAAGAAAAAUGUGCUUCAUGCGUAGAUUUUUACCAGAACAAAAGCUGAAACUUUGUGCGGCAGAUCAGAAUUUAUAUAUGUAUACAUAUAUAUAUAUUACCGACAUGAUAUAUAGUUAUUAUACAUAGGGCAUUGUAUUUGUAUAUCAAAGCAAACCAGGAAAGAGAGCAAUGUUUUAGGUACUUUUCAUGCUGAAACAUCAUCAAAAAAAUUGAUAUAUAAAAAACCCUUGGGUUGUUGAUUUUCAAAACUUCGUUGAACUAAGUUAGUCCUUAUGAUUUACAAAUUAUUCUAAAACAUUAGCAUUGUAGUAUGUAGUAAGGGAAAGUAACAAUGCAGCCACAAUAACAAAUCAAAUUGUAUAUUAUUUGCGAACUGUUAAAGCACAAACAAAAAUUUAUAUUUAUUCGUAUGUACUUUAGAUUCAUAUAUCUAUAAUUUGAUUACCCAAAGAAUACUCAUUUCUGUAUUGUACCGUAUUGUCAACGAAUUUAAUUUUAAUGCAUUGCUUGGUUGUUCCUAAUAAUUUUAUAUAUUUUGGCAGCUAAAACCACUCACACUCAACUCACGACUCAAUUCGAAUUGCUCAAAAAAAAAUCGUAGCGCAUAGGUAAAUGCAAAAGAUCAACACGUAGACAUAUCCUUGGAAUAUACAAUAAUAUUUACUUUAAAUGCCGCCAUAGCAGCAAAGCAACAAACAAAAAAAGAAAAGGGAAAAAUGAAAAAAAAUAUAUAUAUAUAUAUUAGUUUUAAAAGGUCAAGCUUCCAGUGACAAAAAGCCAUUGAUGAAUGAUGUGGAAAUCGAAUAAUAAGCAUUAAAAAUUAAAAUUUUUAGCUCUUACUCCGUAGCACUUUCCUUGUGUGUUGUGUAAAGAAACAAAGCAAACAAACAAAAAAUUGAGAAAGAAAACGACGUUUCAAUGUUGUUCAUUUUCGGUGUAGACCGAAUCGAAACUUCCCUAAGCAAACUAAGAAUUUAUUUUAUACACACUCGAAUCUACUGCACACACGAAACAAAAAAUGAAACCACUUUUAACGUUGUGUAUUUUUCAAAUGUUAAAGAUUAAAAUGCUCAAUGGAAAAUAAGCGAACAAACUUUGAUUCUUAGGCAGCUACUGUCGUCAAAUUUAAACUAGUUGUUUAUCAACCGUACUAUGCUAAAACAAAAAAAAAAAAACAAAAACAAGCUACUAUUGUGUGUGUGUGUAAUCGUGCAAUUCUUUAGGUGUUCUUCGAAUUUCCUUAAAAACCUACUACCAAUUACUUGAAAUGAGGGAAAAGUGAGAAAUGAAAAUUUCAUCAACUCCAAAGAGCUUCAACUUUGAUGGUUUUUUUAUUUAUCUUAUCACUUAGCAACUAUCUCAGAUUGUACAUAUAUUAUGAUGACAUAUGGUAUUUUACCUUAUUCCCCUCAACGCACACACAAAACAACACACGCACAGGCCAGGAUCCUGGGAAAUCGAAGCAAUUUAUGGCAUACUCACACUUGUACCCUCAUUAAGGUGUAUUUCUUGUUUGAUUCUCUCACAUGAUCAUGCAUUAAUAUAUACUAAAUUUACGUUGACAUUUUUAAAGCCAAAGUUUAUAUUUUAAAUGAUUUUUAGUUAGGUAUUAGUUCGUAUGCUGACGACAGAUGACACAAAUGGAUAAGUAAAUGAUUACGAACCUAGAGGGAAAAACAAUAAUGAAAACUAAAUCGAACCCAACAAUUGCCAAAUUAAAUGUAGCUUUCAAGUGAAUUACAAAAUAAAGACGUAAUUAAAUUUAAUGAAUUUUUCAACUAGCGCAAAAAAAAAUAGUUUGCCAAAAAGCCUAGUAUACUUUUUGGCCCACCCCCAGCACAGGAAAGGAAAAAAAAUUCACAGAAAUUUGGGUUUGAUACGCAAAUGGCAGGAGGUACGAAAACCAUCUAGUUAUAAUGCAAACUUAAAUAUAAUACGGUAUGGUAUAUACAUUUAAAUUAUGAACUCAACUUCCACCGCAAACUUUUAAAAGAAAACUAAGAAAACACAAUUUUUGUCUUAAGCAAUGCGUUGAAGAAAGUCAACCUACAAGUAAAUUAUAAAUGCAAAAAAACGCAACUCAAUCAAACACCGCAGCUAUAUGAUAUAACAUACGAUAUAUGAUGUAUAUGAUAAUGUCUUCAUUUAUCCCGAUCCAUUUUGUGACCCCCAAAAAUUCUGUAAUCUGUGUAGUCUAACCAUAAGCCAGCGCCAGCUUUUGUUUUACUUUCACAUAGAUCAGAUGCCUAGGCGUCAUAUAAAGUAUAAAAUAUAAAGUAUAUAAAUAUAUAUUAUAUGGAAACUCUAAUCUUUAAUGAUGUGCCAAAUUGUAAGUUGUACCAUUUGUUUUUAUGAGCAAAUGCAAAACACAAAUUGAAAUAAAAUAUGAAUUAAAAUAU